CGUGAAUACCCUUUCUCCACUUGACAACAGUCCGUCCAUCUCAUCAAGCUAGGGUUUAGUUCUCCCUCAUCUCCGUUACUAUACUCCCUGCUUCACUUUCCCGGAUAGUUUUGAAUUUGCAAUCCACGAAGAAAAAAAACAAGGAGAAAUGACGACGGUUGUUCCAACUUCAGAGGAAGAUCCAGCGCUCACCGUGGUUCGGUUCACCGCUCAAAUGUCAUGGGCUGAUGCUGGCCCUGAGAUUGCGGAGCCUCAGGUGAAUAGGUUGUGCGUCGAGACACAGGAAUGCAUAAUUAAAGGAAGAUGGUUAGAUUUGGCUUCGUUGAUGCUUACUUCUGCGGAUUUGAUCUUUUCUAAAGCUUCGGACAAAGAUAUCGAGUGCAUUUUCACUAUAAUCUGCAACCUUGUCAAGAAGCCCGAAAGUUUGGACCAAGUACACGAGAUGGCGGAGCUCAUAUCCACUAAACUCUCUCAACAACCAAGUGAUAAGCCUGCACUGCGCCUAAAAAUCUUGUUCAAUCUCUACAACCUGUUGGAGAAUCCUUAUCGCCGCUUCCUUGUGUAUAUGAAGGCCCUUAAUUUAGCCAUAAAUGGAAAGGUCGCUGAACAUAUCUUGCCAUCUUUCAAAAAGAUAGAUAGCUUCUUGAAAGAAUGGAAUCUUGGAGUCAAAGAUCAGAGGGAGCUCUUCCUUAAGAUCUCAAACAUUCUGAAAGAAACCAAGGGCUCUUCAAAAGAGUCUUUCAAGUUUCUUGUAAAUUAUUUGGAAACUUUCUCGAGUGAAGAUGCUUAUGCCAUGAAUGAAGCAAAGGCAGAAGCUCUCCACGCAAUUAUUGCCUUUGUCAAGGCACCUGACAUGUUUCAGUGUGGCUUGCUAGAUAUGCCUGCUAUAGUCCAAUUGGAGAAAGAUGCUAAAUAUGCUCUAGCAUAUCAGCUUCUGAAGAUCUUUCUCACUGGGAGGCUAGAUGAUUACUUGAAUUUCCAGGAGGCAAAUUCUGAAUUAUUAACAACCUAUGGAGUUAUCCAUGAAGAUUGUGUAGAAAAAAUGAGACUAUUGACAUUGGUAGAUCUUGGCAUGACGGAAACGGGUCAAAUUCCUUAUUCCAUGAUCAAAGACACAUUGAAUAUUGAUGAUAUUGAGGUGGAAUCGUGGAUUGUUAAGGCAAUUUCAGCUAAGUUACUUGUCUGCAAAAUAGAUCAAAUGAACCAAGUAAUAAUUGUGAGCCGAUGUACAGAGCGUUUAUUUGGGCCAAAUCACUGGCAAUUGCUUCGAGCAAAGCUUGCGACCUGGAGGGGAAAUAUUUCAGGGGUUAUUAGCACAAUUCAUGCUAACAAAAUAAUUGAAGAUAGCACACAAACAAUGCAAGGAUUAGCAAUACGCUGAAGGUUGCUUUUGUUGGUUAUUUGCGGAAAUCAUCUUUAAAAUUUUGGAGACUGGAUUAAUUGGUGCCCAUAUAGAGUCAUCUCUUUCAAGUAGACAUUUAGACAUACUUUUCCUUCUGAGCCAAUUUUUCUUUGAGUUUGUUAAGCUGUUCUUGCUUUCUAUUCUUGUCACUUUUACAGAGAUGUAAUUUUAUGAGAUGACAGUGUUCAAUUAUACUUUACAGUUGAUUCCAGUA